UCUGGUUGUAUACGUGCUGCUGCACGAAGGAAAGAGAGAGGCGGACCUGGCCAGUCUCGAACCCGAGCUGCAGUCCGCGUGGAGCUCCGGUGUGUCCGCUGACCGGGGCUUGCUGUGUGUUCGUGUGUUGCAGGAGGUGCCCAUGCUGCCCCAGCCCAGCUAUGCCCAGUCCGGCUCUGUGUACUACAUCUGCCUGCUGAGGGACGACCUGCUGCUGCACCAGGGUGACUGCGUGUACCUGAUGCGGGACAGCCGGCGCACGCCGGACGGCCAGCCGGUCCGCCAGUCCUACCGCCUCCUGUCUCACAUCAACCGGGACAAGCUGGACAUCUUCCGCAUCGAGAAGCUGUGGAAGAACGAGAAGGGCGAGCGCUUUGCCUUCGGGCACCACUACUUCCGGCCCCAUGAGACGCACCACUCGCCCUCUCGGCGCUUCUACCACAACGAGCUGUUCCGCGUGCCGCUGUACGAGAUCAUCCCCCUGGAGGCCGUGGUGGGCACCUGCUGCGUGCUGGACCUCUACACCUACUGCAAAGGUAAUACCGCACUGGGCACAGGUGAUACCGCACUGGGCACAGCUGAUACCGCACUGGGCACAGGUGAUACCGCACUGGGCACAGGUGAUACGGGCAGAGUCCCCGCCUGUCUGAACAAGAAUUUGUAUCCCUGACCGUCUGACUGCCUGUCUGUCUGU